AUGGAGCCUGUUUCGGCAAUAAAAAGCAGUAUUCUAAAGAGCAAAUCUGGUCGUACAUCUUAUCGUAUUCGUAAUUUUUCACUGUCGGAUCGUUUUGAUAUUCAACGUUUAUGCACUGAAGAACGUGUCGAAAUUCUCACGCCAUUGUCUCGUGCUUGUUUUCGUAAUCGUUUUACAUUUAUUCUUCUACUUAUUUGCAUUAUUCUUUCAAUGUUUAUUUUUUCUCGUCUUCUCGUCUCAUUUCUAAUACCGCCAGCAUUGAUAACUUCAUUCAUAACUUAUCGCAUUACAAAAUUAAAACAUAAAAUAAAAGCACCAUUUCAACAUUCAUAUAUUGAAUACACCGAUAAAAUAUCCCGACGACGUAUACUUGUUGCUGUUACAACUGUUGAAGAUGAUAAUGAUGUUAUGCAUGAACAAGAUAUCCUUGGAUUUAUUUGUUUUGCUUCUCAUCCAUCUGAACGGCAAUCAGCAUUAAUAACACAUCUAUUUGUGACAAAGAAUUUUCGCCACGAAAAAAUAGGUCACAAUCUUUUACAAAUAUGUCGUCGAGUCAUAACUGAAGAAACACAGUAUCAAGCGUUGCAUGCAGUUUGUUCGCGUUUUCAAAAUGAUGGUUAUAAAUUUUUAUUAGAUCACCAUUUCUUUCUUACGAACACAUGGUCAACUUGUGUUUUUGUACCGAGUAUAACAGAUGAACAAAAAAUGUUAAGUACAACACGUAUCGCACCUUUAUGA